AUGCUGGAAUAUCUCCUUCUGUCUGGGGUUCGCGAAAUUACAAAGAACAUCCUCUCAAACGAAGCUAUCAUAAUUCCCCUCCAGAAGAAGUUAUCCGUCACGGACCCCAGGAAUUAUCGAAGAAUCUCUUUGCUGCGUGUUAUGUACAAGGUAUUGGAGCGCAUUAUCCUGGACCGACUCAUUAAACAUCGCGAAGAAACAACGCGCGACGAGCAAGCUGGCUUUCGUCCUGGCCGAUCUACGAUUGACCAGGUGUUCAUCGUCAGGAGAGUGAUCGAAAUCUGGCAGCGGUAUUCGAAGCCAAUGCAACUAGCGUUUCUGGACUUUGAAGCCGCGUUCGACUCUCCUCACCGAGGCCGUCUUCUCAACGCGCUGAGCGAGAGUACCAGGAAAGUUCGUUCGCUUGCUUGA